CUCUCCGCACUAGCCGCAGCGGGAGAGGAGGAAAAGGAACUGGACUUGGCGGAACUACUUCCUGCCGUGCUGCCGGAAGUGGCCUCCGGUACGGUUUCUCCUCAGAGGGGAAAAUGGCGCUCGACGUUCGGGGCAUGGAAGACGGCGAGCUCUCCGAGUCGGAUUCUGACAUGACGGACACGAAAGUACCAGAUGGCAAUAUAUCUUUCAGGCCUUUCCAGAGCAGCAUUGCAGUCUCUCCAGUAUCACAUUAUCGAACUAUUAAGGGUGUAGAAUCAAGUGAGGAAAGCUUUUCUGAUUCAGACGAUGACAGCUGUCUUUGGAAACGAAAGAGACAGAAAUGUUUUAAUCCUCUUCCCAAACCAGAGCCUUUUCAAUUUGUACAGAACAAUCAGAAACAGCAUAUUCUGGGAGGGAGGAAGAUUAACAACAUAUGGGGUGCAGUGCUACAGGAACAGAGUCAAGAUGCAGUGGCUAAUGAACUUGGUAUACUGGGAAUGGAGGGCAACAUUGACAAAAGCAGACAGUCAGAGACUUACAAUUAUUUGCUGGCUAAGAAGAUAAUGAGGGAAUCGAAAACUGAAAAACUAGAUAAAGAGUUAGAUGAAUAUAUGCAUGAUGAUAAAAAAGCCGGUCCUAAAGAAGAAGAAAAUGGACAAGGUCAUAUGAAACGGAAACGACCUAUCAAAGACAGACUAGGAAACAGAAUAGAAAUGAACUAUAAAGGUCGAUAUGAAAUUACAGAAGAGGAUCCUGAAGAAAAAGUAGCAGAUGAAAUUUCUUUCAGGCUUCAGGAACCAAAGAAAGAUCUGAUAGCCCGAGUAGUAAGAAUAAUUGGAAACAAAAAAGCAAUUGAGCUUCUGAUGGAAACUGCAGAAGUUGAACAAAAUGGUGGACUUUUAAUAAUGAAUGGUAGCAGAAGAAGAACACCAGGUGGAGUUUAUCUGAAUCUUCUGAAAAACACACCAAGCAUCACUGAGGCACAAAUUAAGGAAAUUUUCUAUAUUGAAAACCAAAAGGAAUAUGAAAAUAAAAAGGCUGCUAAGAAAAGGAGAAUACAAGUCUUGGGGAAAAAGAUGAAGCAGGCUAUUAAAGGUCUUAAUCUUCAAGAAUAUGAUGAUGCAUCUCGAGAAACUUUUGCAAGUGACACAAAUGAGGCAUUGGCUUCUCUGGAUGAUUCCCAGGAAGGAAAUGGAGAAAGAAAGUUAGAUGCAGAAGAAACCUUCGAGAUUGAUCAUUCUCUUGAUUUAGAGGUCUUUUAAUAACAUCUUGAAUAUCUAGGGGAAUAAAUUUUUCUAAAAAACAUUGAAAUUAUCCUUUUUAUUACACUUUGACUACUUCAUUUGUUUGCCUUUGCACAUGUUACCUGAUCAAAAGCAUUUGUUUCUGUUUUGAAGAACUCUGUAUGUGGAAGAUGAACCCAAUAGAAAUGUUAUCUGUUGUUUUUUAAGAAACCUGUCUUGUCUGGCUAAAUAAAAAAUGUAAGUGUGUUGAAUCAUAUUUCUUUUAUCAGUCUACUGCAUGUGAUAAACUAUAGACAAAAAUACUGAUGACUUAAGGAUAACUGAUAUCUUUUUAACUCAAUAAGCUUCUUUUAGGACUUCUUUAAACAUUCCAGCUAUAUUUAAGUUUAGUUUUUUGUUUCCUGAGAUCCCUUAGCAACUUAAAGAAGCUAGAAAUUCUUGAAUUACAACAUUUCUCCUAACUUAUGGCUCUCAUUCUUUUGUUUUAUUUCACCAACCUGAUUGCGUGAAAAGUAAAAUCAGUUUUUCAAUAAAGUUUUUGUUUACCUUGUUACUUCAUUACUCACUUUAUUCCAGUAAAUGGGGUCAAUAGUAGUUACUAAGUUAGAUCCAUACCUGUAAGACACAUUCAGAAAAUUUUUGAAUUUGAAUUUCAACUUAUGUUAAUCAGCUUUAGCAGAUAUCUUUUCUUCUUGAAGGUUCAAAAUGAGCCCUUGAAACUGAUGAGAACAAAGUUAACUGGAAUUGUAAUUUUUGUCUGCAAAUCACUUUUAAGAGUAUAAAAACUGCAAAAAUGUUCAAGAGAAAAUGAUAUACAGCUCCUUAUUUUACAAAGAAUUUCUUGAAAUACUUCAGUGUUUUAAAGUUGUAGCUAAGUGGGAAGAGGGAAAGAUUCUCAUAGAUUCCUUUUGAUUUGUAAAGUCUGCAAAAAUAAAAUUUGAUUCCUGGUAA